AUGAACACAGCGACCACGGGGAGUUAUCCAAUGGCUUCUCUCUAUGUUGGCGACCUGCACCCCGAUAUCACGGAGGCUAUGCUGUAUGAGAAAUUUAGCCCCGCUGGACCGGUGCUGUCUAUUCGAGUAUGUCGAGAUAUGAUCACCCGACGGUCUCUUGGUUAUGCUUAUGUGAACUUCUCACAGCCCGCUGACGCGGAGAGAGCCCUGGACACCAUGAACUUUGAUGUGGUGAAAGGGAAGCCAAUCAGAAUCAUGUGGUCCCAAAGAGACCCCUCCCUCAGAAAGUCUGGAGUGGGCAAUGUGUUCAUCAAGAACCUGGACAAGUCCAUCGACAACAAGGCCCUGUACGACACCUUCUCCGCCUUCGGCAACAUCCUCUCCUGCAAGGUGGUGUGUGAUGAAAAUGGCUCCAAGGGCUACGCCUUUGUUCACUUUGAGACCCAGGAUGCUGCUGACCGUGCCAUUGAGAAGAUGAACGGCAUGCUUCUCAAUGACCGCAAGGUAUUUGUGGGUCGUUUCAAGUCUCGCAAGGAGCGGGAGGCUGAACUGGGGGCCAAAGCCAAAGAGUUCACCAAUGUCUACAUCAAGAACUUUGGGGAUGAUAUGGACGACGACCGCCUGAAGGAGCUCUUUGACAAAUAUGGUAAAACACUCAGUGUGAAAGUGAUGACAGACCCCACCGGCAAAUCUAGAGGCUUCGGAUUCGUUAGUUAUGAAAAACACGAGGACGCCAAUAAGGCAGUAGAGGACAUGAAUGGCACUGAACUCAACGGCAAGACUGUGUUUGUGGGCCGCGCUCAGAAGAAGAUGGAGCGCCAGGCAGAGCUGAAGAGGAAGUUUGAGCUGCUGAAACAGGAAAGGAUCAGCCGUUAUCAGGGUGUUAACCUUUACAUCAAGAACCUGGAUGACACUAUAGAUGAUGAGAAGCUGCGAAAGGAGUUCUCUCCAUUUGGGUCCAUUACAAGUGCUAAGGUGAUGCUGGAGGAGGGUCGCUCCAAGGGCUUUGGUUUUGUCUGCUUCUCCUCCCCCGAGGAGGCCACCAAGGCCGUGACUGAGAUGAACGGACGUAUCGUUGGCUCCAAACCUCUGUACGUGGCCCUUGCCCAGCGCAAAGAGGAGCGCAAGGCCCACCUCACCAAUCAGUACAUGCAGCGCAUUGCAGGCAUGAGGGCCAUGCCAGCCAACGCCAUCAUUAAUCAGUUCCAGCCCCCCAGCGGCUACUUCAUGCCAGCUGUGCCACAGGCCCAGAAUAGGACUACUUACUAUGCACCCAAUCAGCUGGCCCAGAUGCGACCUAACCCCCGCUGGCAGCAGCAAGGCGGCAGAGGUCAAGGUGGCUUCCAAGGGAUGCCCAACUCGUUACGUCAGCCAGGUCCACGGGCCAACCUGAGACACAUGACUCCCAACACCAGUUCCCAAGGCCCACGAGGUGCUGGCCAGGCCAUGGGUCCCCGUCCCUCCAUGGGAGUCCCUGCGCCCCGGGCCAUGCCGCCUUACAAAUAUGCCACCGGUGUUCGUAACCCCAACCCGCAGGUGGUGCAACCUAUUGCCUUACAGCAGGCUCAACCAGCCGUGCACGUUCAGGGCCAGGAGCCUCUCACAGCCUCCAUGCUGGCUGCAGCUCCCCCUCAAGAGCAGAAGCAGAUGCUAGGGGAGCGACUCUUCCCUCUGAUUCAGGCCAUGCAUGCCAACCUAGCAGGGAAAAUCACCGGCAUGCUGCUGGAGAUUGACAACUCUGAACUGCUACAUAUGCUGGAGUCCCAUGAGUCUCUACGCUCAAAGGUGGAGGAAGCUGUUGCGGUGCUACAGGCCCAUCAGGCAAAGAAAGAUGCUACCCAGAAAGUGGGCGGCAUUGCUACUACUGCUGCUGCUGCCACAUCCUGAAGACGGUGUGCUUUAUGACACUGAGCACAGACAACUGAGCAGCAACGGGGAGAGAGACACUAUACUGACUCCAACCACCAGAGUCCUCUGAACAAAACAAAAACUCAAAAAAAGAGAAAAUAUAAUUUUAAAAACAUACUUGAACAUUUGAAAAAAAAUAAUAAAUAAUAUAUUACAGUACUUAAUUUUCCUAGUUCUGUAAUAGUUUUAAACUGCAUACCAAAAGCAAUAAAUACAAAUGAGGGUGUUCUCUUGAGUCAAGGCCCUUCAUUUUGUGGCUAAGGACAGAACCCUUUUUUUCUAUAAGGAAAAUGAGCAUUGCUCUGUUUCUUUGUUUGAAAGUUUUGUUUGAUUUGCUUUGAGCUGAUGGAUUCCUCCAUCCCAUUAUGUUAUCAUGGGUGUGUGGUAUUCUCAAUAAA